CUGCCCCACAAUAAAAACCCAUUUAAGGUCGUUGGAUUACUCGGGCGACGAUUUUGGGGGUCAAGUUGAUUUCCUUAUACUUUACUUCAAAAUCUUCUCCAUAGUUGAAUUGCUGAUAAUCAGUUCAGAAGCUUGUUUGCUGCAUUUCCUGGUGUAUGGCACCAAUGAAGGGCAUUCUUUCUCUGCAAAGGGCUGUUCUAUCAAGGCAUCAAAAUGCAAACUGGGGGAUAAAUGCUACCGCUAGACUUUUCAGCACGCAGUCUGCGACAACCGCCACCACCGCCCAACCACCACCGCCACCACCUCCACCAGAAAAAACCCACUUUGGUGGCCUGAAAGAUGAAGACCGCAUCUUCACAAACCUAUACGGUUUACACGACCCCUUUCUCAAAGGCGCAAUGAAACGUGGCGAUUGGCAUAGAACUAAAGACAUAGUAAUCAAAGGUGCUGAUUGGAUAGUAAACGAAAUGAAAAAAUCUGGCUUACGUGGACGUGGAGGUGCUGGUUUCCCAUCAGGGCUAAAAUGGUCAUUCAUGCCAAAAGUAUCCGAUGGUCGUCCAUCUUAUCUUGUUGUAAACGCAGACGAAAGUGAACCCGGAACUUGCAAAGAUAGAGAAAUCAUGCGUAACGAUCCACACAAGCUUCUAGAAGGAUGUUUAAUAGCUGGAGUAGGUAUGCGUGCAACCGCUGCCUACAUUUACAUCAGGGGCGAAUACGUAAAUGAACGUUUGAAUUUAGAAAAAGCAAGAAAAGAAGCAUAUGCAGCUGGAUUACUUGGAAAAAACGCGUGUGGGUCCGGGUAUGAUUUCGAUGUCCAUAUCCAUUUCGGAGCCGGAGCCUACAUUUGUGGUGAAGAAACCGCGCUUCUCGAAUCCCUCGAGGGCAAACAAGGAAAACCGCGUUUGAAGCCGCCUUUUCCCGCCAACGCGGGGUUAUACGGGUGUCCCACAACCGUCACAAAUGUCGAAACAAUCGCGGUGUCGCCGACUAUUCUAAGACGUGGGCCCGAGUGGUUUUCUAGCUUUGGUAGAAAGAACAAUUCGGGGACUAAACUUUUCUGUAUAUCGGGUCAUGUGAACAAACCGUGUACAGUGGAAGAGGAGAUGAGUAUUCCAUUGAAGGAGUUGUUGGAGCGGCAUUGUGGCGGUGUGAGGGGCGGAUGGGACAAUUUGCUAGCGGUGAUUCCGGGUGGUUCUUCUGUUCCUUUGCUUACAAAGGAUUUAUGCGAAGACGUGUUGAUGGAUUUUGAUGCGUUGAAAGCUGUUCAAUCUGGAUUAGGGACUGCUGCUGUUAUUGUGAUGGAUAAGUCGACUGAUAUUGUGGAUGCGAUUGCGAGGCUUUCGUAUUUUUAUAAGCAUGAGAGUUGUGGUCAGUGUACGCCUUGUAGGGAGGGAACUGGGUGGCUUUGGAUGAUUAUGGAAAGGAUGAAAGUUGGGAAUGCGAAAUUGGAGGAGAUUGAUAUGCUUCAGGAAGUGACUAAGCAGAUUGAAGGGCAUACUAUUUGUGCACUUGGUGAUGCUGCUGCUUGGCCUGUUCAAGGGCUUAUUAGACAUUUUAGGCCUGAGAUGGAGAGGAGGAUCAGGGAGCGUGCUGAUCGGGAGUUGCUUCAAGCAGCUGCUUGAAAUCAGGUUGAAUGGUUUCCUACCUGGAGGAAAACAUGAGGUGACUUUGGACUUUGGAGCAUAAUAUGAUUAAUGUUUAAGGUUUGUGUUGCUGUUGAACUACAAUGUGAUUGAAAACAGUACCCUUCUCUUUAGAUUGGGGGUAACUUUUGUGUGUUUAAGGAUACAAAGACAUCCUAUUGUUAUUAUUGAACUUCAGUUAGCCAUAUGCUUUUGGACACAUGUCAAAAUGUUAAUAAGCCGAGUGCAUUGUUGUAAUCAUACAAUGGAAGCUUUUCAUAAGCUCAAGUUUCAUGCCUUGUCAGAACAUUAACCGUUGGUGGUUUGGCCA